UGGAAAGUGGGGGAACAUGUGAGCUUUUAGAGGGUCCCUGAACUAUAAUUGCUUGUGAUACCGUAAGUAGGUCAGUUCUAUAAAUAACUAAGUUGUUUAAAAACCGCCCAGGCCUCCAUACACACUGUGUGUACAUUCAGCCGUCAGCUGAUCAGCUUCGUUCUGUAUGUCAGGGUUACGCACAAGCACGUACGAUCACCGAGUUAGUGUUGCUCAGUAAGCCCAUCACAUGUUAUACACCGAAAUGUUUCCAACAAUGGUACCAACAUGACCUCUCCGGGACUCAAACGAUGACUGCAGCCAGAACCGAGUUCGACCGCAGUUCGACGACUUCUCGGGGAGACGAGCUAAGUAUUGAAAUUAUGGAGAAAAUCGUAGAGAAAUGACGGGUGGUGAAGUUCCCUUCAACAUCUCCUUGCCACUUUUGGGGAUAGGCCUGCUGUCCCUGCUCCUCAGCCUCACCUUCUGCUGUUAUAUGUGGAGAUUGCGGUGUAAGGCACGUCAGGAGCAAGGAUACAGAAGGAUCAAAUUCAAGACAUGUAAAAAGAGAAAGCUUCCAAAUGAUACGUGCCCAGUGUGUAUUGAGGAGUUUGAACAGUCGGAGUAUGUGGCCAUAUGUCCGUGUAACCACUGUUUCCAUAUGAAGUGUCUGUUGGAGUGGCUACGGUACCAGAACGCCUGUCCCAUGUGUAAGGCACCGGUCCAGACCCUACCUGCUGCCGGGGAGAGAACUGGGCUCAUUCCACUUGACCAGAGGGCGCAGGGCUCGGAGAGGGCCGGGGUUUCCACCAUUGAAACAGUGUAGCUAGUCCACAGUAAACAGACUUGGGACCUUGGAUCUUAACUGUGAUAAAUGAUGUGUUCUUCAAGAUGGAGGUUACAAACAUGUUCUCCUUGUGAUAAAAGUAACCACUAAGGCAGAAAAGGAGCUUGGAUCCUUAAUGUGAUAAACAAAGAGCUUGUCAAGAGGGAUGUUACAUAUCCUCCUUGUGCUAAAAUUAACAGGAUAUGACAACAGUAAUAGCUGUGAAGUGGAAUCAUUUCAUAAACGUUUUGGAAACACAGAGUGGUACCUGGAGUAUUUUGAUGUGUUGUAUUAGGAUUCAUGAUCAAUACAGGUCAAAAUUACCAGCUGCUUGAAUGUUUGUAAUGAAUAAAUUUUUCAUGGUGAUUGACAAGACUCCAGUUGAACCAGAUGACAUGUGGCCUAGCUGGCUCAAGUGUAUGCUCUGGUUUAUGAGUCUUUCAGUUCUCUGUAACUGACAGGUUCUGCAAACAAUGACGGGGGACUGUCAUAUGGCCCCUGGUGAUAGUGAUGUGUUCUAUGGUGAUAUAGUGCUCGGUGGUGAUAAUGGUGGUGUUCUGUGGUAAUUGAUUAUGCAAAAUAUCAUAAAAUAUAUUGUGAUCACAUUUCAUUUCUUCAUUUUGAAAAUAUAUGUGGUAGGGACAAUCACCCAUACAAAUUGAUAGGCCUUUUUGUUGAUUUUAAAUGAAAACAGAAGCAUUCGAUCUGAAUUAAUCAAGCUCGUGGUUGCAAAUGUAGAUGCUUAUAGUACCAGGUAAAGACAGAGUUACCUAAGAUGUUCACUAAAAUAUGAGAAAAUCGAGAUUGGUAACUUCAUUAUUAUCAUUUAGUUAUAUAAAUUUUUAUUGUUGAAUGAAAAUCAUUCAUUGCAAUUCAAAAUUAAAGUAGUUUCUAAUUUUCCCGCAAAAAGUGAAAUUGUUAAUUUUAAAGUUCCUAUGAAUUUUCUUUUUCAUUUCUUUCAAAAUUUCUUUCAAAAUCAAACAAGGGGAAGAGUAAAUCACACGACUUCGUACAAAGGGAAAUAAAUAUCUAGUAUUGUACAUGUUUUUAUUAUGAUAAGUGUGAAGGCCUAUUUAUAUACAUGUGUUAAUAAAUGUAACAUGUCACUAAUACAAUUAUAUUCUUCUUUGUCACUGAGAUGUUUGUAUAGAUGAGAUGAAUAUCAAAAUAUUGGGCCCUUUUGUUUAUAGGGUUCAAACUUUCGGACCAGCUGGACCUGAGAGUUGUUUUAUGGCACUUUCUGGCGAGCCUUGGACGCUAUAUUGUUUUAGCUGAAAUUUCUAUAUCAAAUCUAUGGAAGAUUGAAUUUCUGGAUGUUUGGUAUGAGGGAACUGUUUGGUCCACAUAAACAAACACGCCCAGUAAACUUUAUGAUUAAUUAUGUUCAGGGUCACAGAAAUGUUUGUGAAAUAAUAAUAUCAUCAUAACAUUAUGUAUUGAGAUUUACUGAUUUGGUCUAGGUCAUUGAAAUGUUUGCAUUAUUGAAAUGAAUAUCAUCCUACCAUUGUAGGUUUAGGUUUUAAUUCAGCAGCUGUAACUACACAUAUAAUCAGAUUAUCAUUAAAUCUGCAUUUUUCUUUUGUUUAGUUUUUAGCAUUGUAUGUUAAUCAUUGCCAUAGAAUCAAGUUAAAAAAGUGCUAAAACACACUUUUAAAAGUAAACAAUAAACAUCAUUUUGAUGUUUAUUGUUAAUUAUAUACAUGUAUAUUUUGUGAGAGUGAGUGUGUAGAUAUAUAUAUGCUGUAUAACAUGACCUACAUUGUUGUUAAAAUUGGUUGUUAUUUUUACUGCACUGUUGUACCGUUACAAUGCAAAAUUGUCCUCGUAUUGCAGCUUGUGAAAAUCUUAAAAAUUCUUGUUAAAUUUGCCAAUAUCUGUGUACAUGAUUUUGGUUUUCUGUAUUAUAUUACCUCAAUACCAUUUGAUCUGUGUUCUGUAUCGUAGAGCAUUCCUGACAUGUCCACCUUUAUUCCAGUGGUCCGUUGUUCAUUGUUUCUCCCCUUUUUCUGCCCUUAUGGCUUUUUCUGUACAUGUGUGAGCUAUAGAUGUUUAAGAGAUUUUAUUGUCAAAGCAACGUACAUUUGGGUUGCCGUGCCUGAAAUUCAUCAACACUUAGAGUCUGCCUCAAAGCUGAUUUAUAGAUUUGUUUAAACUUCAGUCUCUUUGCUUAGUACAUAUUAAGUUCAUGCUGAAGUCUGUUAUGUCUUUGGUUAAUUAAUUUUUAGCUUAAGUUUCUAUGUUUGGAGUACGAAAGGUGUCUAUUGAUCUUAAGUCUCUAUAUCUAAAGUCUGUAAGAGAUUCAGUUUGCACUGAGGUCGCUUGUUAAGUCUUUGUUAAGAUUAGAGAGCUUUGUUUGGGUCAAAGUCAUUGUUAAGUCUAUAGGAUAAUAAGUUUUAGCUAAAGUUUCUAUGUUAAGUUUAUGGAAGAUCGAGUUUGAGGUUAACCUUUUAUAUGUUUAGUAUAGAGGAUCUUAUACUAACUCUAUGUAAAAUUAAGUUUCAGCUUAAGUCUGUAUGUGAAGUUCAUGAAAUACUUAGGUGUGAGAUUUAGUCUCCAUGCAAAGUCUUUGGUAAGUUUGAGAUCUAGGCUCUACAUCAAGCUCACAAGAGGCUUCAGUUUGAGAUUGAGUCUCUAAGUUAAGUCAUGUUGGAGACUUCAGUUUGAGAUUUAGUCUCCAUGCAAAGUCUUUGGUAAGUUUGAGAUUUAGUCAUUAGUUAAAUCUGUGGGAGACUUCAGUUUGAGAUUUAGUAAGUUAAAGUCUAUAUAAAGUCUAUUGGAGAGUAAGUUUUAAAGUCCAAAGGAGAUAGGUGAGAUUGAGGCAGAUUCAAAGUAUUGGUGAUAUGUUAAGGAGCCUGGUCAGAUUUAAGACUUUGAAUAUUUUAAACACAAAAUAUGGCACAUGUAUAAACAUAACUGAUAAUUAAUGAAUAUUUUUGUCAUAUUAAAAUUCUAGGGAAGUGCAAUACAAAGUUGGAUCCAGGUAAAUGUUCCGAUAUGAGUUUUUGAUCAAGAUUAUUUCUAAACAAAUCCAUUAAUAAUCAACCUGUAUGAGAGUUUCUGUAAGCUUUGACAUUGACCUUUCAUAGGUCCUAAAAUCUGAAUCUGAUUUUGGUUCUAAUGUUUUAUAUCAUUUACAAACAUUGAUAUUGGUUUCUAGGAAGGUGUGUUAAUCUUUUUUAUUUUAUUUCUAUGAAGCUGCAGGUGCUUGUUUAGUUGUUAACGGUAAAUAGAGGCAGAUAUUGAACAGCGUUUUACUCAUUUUAUCCACAAUCAAUAAUAUUUAACAAUAACCCUACCCAUCAUGUGUGUUUAUCCCCUUACAUAAUGCUAUUUGCUCAAAUGAAGACGAGACACUUAUGACUUCUAUAAAAAAAAAAAAAAAAAAUGGAUUGUUUGAUAUCAAUUGAAGUUUUUAAUGUUUGAUAUUCCAAUAUGAAUGUUUAAAAUGAAAAUAUUGUCAAAUGACAAUAUCCAAGUUGUCCUGUGAUGCAAUGGUGAUGAGACACCUUAAUACAAUAAUGUCUGUUAUACUGUUUAUCAUUCGAUUGUUGUGAGAGAUUAAUUUUUACGUUAAUUUGUGAGUAAACUCCUAAACUACCUAAACCUUAAGUCUUCCUCAAAUAUCUAUCAUUAGGUAAUUAAUAUAAUAUUAAAAUUGCACACUCCCAACCCACCAGUUGAAAUAUUCUAUCACAAAUAAAGUCAAUAUAGGUUGUGAAAUAAAGUAAUGUACACGUUAUUAAUUACGUGUUAACACAUCAUAAAUGGUGCAAAAUAAUCAAUAGAUUUGUAAUACUUGGGUAAUACUAUAAUACUUGGGUGAUACUAUAAAACUUGGGUAAUACUAUAAUACUUGGGUGAUACUAUAAAACUUGGGUAAUACUAUAAUACUUGGGUAAUAUACUAUAAUACUUGGGUAAUACUAUAAUACUUGGGUAAUACUAUAAUACUUUGGUAAUACUACAAUACUUGGGUAAUACUAUAAUACUUGGGUAAUACUAUAAUACUUAUUUAUUGAAUGUUAAUUGAAAUUAAAGGGAGACUAUUCUAACAUAAAUCGGAGAUUUAAUAUUGACGGUCCCUUAUAACCUUAAACAAUAUAGGUGAACAGUUGAGCAGGGCACUUGUAAGUUUCUAUAAACUCAUUCACCCCUGAAGACACAUUUGAACUCUUCCAAUUCAAAGGUUGGAAUAGUUCAUUGUGAAAUUUCAUGGGUGAAUGAGUCAAGUUUGUGAACUGUUUUCCAAGGAAUUCUCUUUAUGUUGAAAAUAUACUGUGGUAAUGUUUUAAAGAAACUGAUUUUAGCUAAUUGAAGUUUAACAUAUUUUACAGAAUAUUCAAUUUUAUUACUAAUUUCUAAUAGAAACAUGAUUGUUUGUUGUCCUUGAUUGAAGUUUACAACAAAACUUUACAUGCAGUGUAUCAAUAGUGUUAAAAUAUUUUACAUUAAACUUAUGUAUAUUCUGGUGCCUAUAAAUAUAUAUUACUCAUUAACAAAUUAUAUUGUACAAAAUAUGGUGUACAUUGAUUGCUCCAUUACAAAUAAAACCAUUUAAAAU